GGUCGUAGAAACAAUAUGGCGGAAAAUGGCCCGUCAGCUGCAGCCGCGCUUUCUUCGAUGUCCGAGAUUGGGACGCGUAAGCUGGGACCGCGCGUUUCUCCGAGGCAGAUGGAGAUGCUGCUGGAGUUCCUGAACGAGCACCCGUACUUGGCGAGCGGCUCCAAGGAGAAGACAAAAGAUGUGGAGCCGUGGGAGCGCGAACGGCUCUGGGAAGAAGCGGCAGCUAAGCUGAACGCCAAGGGACCAGCCGUCAAAACACGCUACGCGUGGCGCAAGUUUUGGUCCGGCCGAUCGGCUCAGAUCAAGAGGACGGUAGCGCGGAUCGCCAAAAUGAGGGAGGAGAGCAAGAUGCCUCCGCGGCUACCUCCGCCACCGCCUGCUGCGCAGCCGCCGCCAGAAGCUGGCCAAUUCCUGCUGCUGGUCAAGCCGGAUGGGGGGUCAACCGGCGGGGGCCGUCUCCUGCUGCCUAGGCCUGUGCCUCAACCUCCUCCCCAGCAGCAGGUCCUCCUACAUGUCGGGGAUCCGACCACCAUGUUCAUGGCCACCGACUCCUCGACCAUGCAGACGACAACGAUGCCUGCAGAAGUCACCACAACACGAGGGGGCACCGUGCAGCAGCCUGUCAUUGGCAGGGGCAGGGUGCUGGUUGAACAACCGGCUUCGGCCAAUGCCAACCGUCGGGGGCCUCCCGUCUUGCAGCGGCACGUGCUGGCCAAUGGGCAGCCCCCACCAGACCCCGACAGCAUCCCCGUGCUGGAGCCCAUUACCGCCGAGGAGCACUUCCAUGCUGAGAUGCUGCAUCAGACCAUUCGGCAAACAGCCCUGCUGCAGGACAUGCUGGGCGCCCAGCAGCGGAUCGCGGAGGCGGCCGAGCGACAGGCCCAAGCUGCAGAGGAUCAGAGCCAUGCACUGUCGCAGCUGGUGCUCUUCCUCGUCGAGAAUCAUCGCUCGAAUAGAAACAGUGGCACGAACCUGUCCGCAUCGGUGGUGGACGACUCCUCGUGUCCCGAGGCGACCACGCCACUCUCCAUCACGCCAGAGAUGUUACAGGUGGAACACUCCACAUGAAACGUGGCCUGUGUCUGGGCAACAGUGAACCGCAUGACUCGUUUGGCCACCGUCACUGUGACACGAAGAACGUGCAGCUGUCUCACCGUGAUGUGCUACUGUGCUGUGCAAUGCCGGUGUGUGUUUCACUGUCAUCUGAGCCCCCAUGCCAAGUGACAGCAUGCCAAGACAUGUAAUUUAUGGCAUCUCCGGAUGGUCAUUUACGAGCACUCUAGACCACUCCCAAAAGGACAGUAUUAUUGGGGCAGUCGAAAAGGGGUACUCCGGCUACACUCAAAUGGUCGUUUCUGAUCACCUAACUCCAGAUCAGAGCGCCGAGAGGCACUGAAAUCUGGGUUGCUAAGCACGAUCACAGUGACCAUCCGAAAAUGCCAUCAGUUUCAUCAUCCAUGGUAUCAAUGUAGUAAUAGAUCAGCAUGAGGGACUUUGCAUGAUUGAAGCCCUCAGAAUGAAAUCUAUUCCUGGUCUCAAGCCAUGCUCGAUUGUGUGAACACUGAAAUGUGUUAAUGAUUUGACUGGCGGGUUCGUCUGCUGUGUUUGGGCACUUAAAGGGACACAAAAGAGCAGCGCUAAGUUAGUUUAGUUGCGUAAAGUAUUUUUUUUCAGCACCCUCUCCCUUUAUUUGAUGGAAAGAGGUUGGUUCUUAGUAGGAGUGUGUGAAUAUUGAAUACAGUGAAACCUUGUUAAAUCAUAGUUGACCGGAGCUCGGAAAAAGUAUGUACUAAACGGUAGUACUGCUUAACCAAAUAGCGCGAGAUCGCCCACUUACCUGUCAAAAAAGGAACUCAGAGAAAGUGCAAUGAAAGGGCAGAAAACAUGCAAUAUUUAUUCAGUUUACACAACAAAAAUAUGUUAUUUUCGUUUGAUGCCGCGAUGGCCUAGCAGCGAUGACAGCGGCCUCAAACUCACUUAAGCCAGCUUUUCCGCCAGCCCCCUCUUCUCGGCAAACACCCACAUGAGGCUGACGUAACGCGCAGCUUCUGCCAUUAGAGUGUUAUAGCUGAACGGGCUAACGGGCGAGCGGAAUGAGCGAGUAAGCAGAGACUGCAGCGAAGCGCCGCACGAAAGGAAGAGCUUUAGCUCGGCGAUCCCUCGCUCGGUUGAGCUGAGUAGAGCUGAGCGCCACCACCUGUCAAAGAAUGUUGCAGUUAGCGUCAGCUCGCAGCCAAGCGCUCGCUUCAGGUUCUGAAUCAUGGUCAUCCACUUCAAAUCGUCCCCAAUGGUCUCGAUGCUGAAACCUCUCGCAGGAUACAGAGGUCCUCUUCAGUGGCAGAACACCUCCGAGGCUUUUUUGCCUGCAGGCGAGCCAGCGUCGCUUUGAAGACGCUGGCUCCUCAAUGCACAUGUGCAGUGGCGCCUCCGCUCGCCCGUAAAUUUGCUCAGCUAUAACUCUUUACUCUUGGGCCUGAAUCGUUCGUGCUGUCGCUUUCCGUGUCGUCCUCAUUACUGUCGUUAGCUGACACUUUAGCAGCGACAAAGGCAACGAUGGCUUUCGUCGGACAUGUCUGGAGAAGUCUGAACUUCACUGUCUUCUCUGAAGUAGAUGAAGGAAAUGCCUUCUGUAACACCCUGCUGGUCCAGCACUUCAGCGACCAGGGUUUCACAAGCAUGGUCGACGGUGUCACUAGCAUCCUCUGGGUCACCCACACACACAGCGUGAAGCCAACACACUUGAAGCAGUCCUGCACUGUCGUCGAUUCAACCUGCCGCCACAAGUAUUCCACUUGGCGAAUUACGGCUAGCAGGUCAAUUGAAAAAACUGUGCCACAGUCAAGGGCUAGAAGAAUUCUGCGCAGCAGAUUCUUUUUGUACAUGACAAAAACUUCAAGCGCACAACCAGACGAGGACGGGGAAAGAAGACUGGGACAUACGCUCUUUCACCAUCCUCGUCUGGUUGUGUGCUUAAAUUUUUUGUCAUGUCUUACCGGCACGGCCCAAACAGCCACGUUAUUGAUCUCUUUGUACACCUGAGCCCGAAUGAUGCCUUGGUCCAAGGGCUGGGCAAUCUCGAUAUUAGGAGGCAGAAACCCCAACUUCACAACCGCAAGGUUAUCCAGGGUGAUGUGCGCCGACACAUUAUCUAGUAUAACUACAACUCUUCUGUUCUUCGCUGCAAAAUGGCGGUCAAUGCUCCUCAAAAAGUUUCAUAGGCCGCAUUUCUUAUUGCUGUAGAUGACUCCAGACGGCAGUCGGGCGCCUUGGCCAACUUCCAAAUCACGAGAAGUCGAAGUUUUUCAGUUCCUUAUAUGUUCACUCCGAAUGCAGCUGAAAUCCUGCCCUUAGCAUGCUUGCAGUCGGUGCACGUCUCACCUUUGAACGCAAGCGUUCUGUCUGGCAGCAGCUUGAAGAAUAGCACAAACUCAUCCAUGUUGAAGAUAUCGUGGGGCGCGUAGUCCGUCAAGAUGUGCCUGCCUCAGGUGACCAUUUUGCCAUUGUUCUGUGCCAUCCACGUCGCCAGUGGCACCUUCUCCUGAAACGGCCCUCGUGUUUAUGUCGUGCCUCACCUUAAACCUCGCCAGCCAGCCAUUGCUGCAUACAAAGUCAUCAUGGUUCAGUUGAGAAGCAAAAACCAGGGUCUUCUCUACAAGUAGGGGUCUGCUAACAGGCAAGUGUUUUUGACCGCGCUGCUUCUAACCACUUCACCAGCACUUCCUCCCCAUCCGGAAAAGUCGAACCUCGUAGCUGACACCUUUUCGCGGUCGCAGUAGCACGGCCGAGCAACUUCUCCUUCGCAUUCCAAAUGCCACACGCCGCAGUCAACGGUAGAUCCCCCUCGGGUGCCAGUGCCAAAUUCUUCGUGCUAUGUUCGAUCGCACGAACGAUGUCUAAUUUUUCUUCUAUGCUGAGCACCUGGUGUUUUUGUCCGAGCUUCAGCAUGACUCGAGUCCUAACUUGCACGACCGCACAACGCCCUUGGGAUAGCACUUCUGCAUAUUGGAGAAAAACUGGAAAGCAAAGCUUUCUAUGCGAUAAAUAAAACAUUGCCGCAAAACACAGGUCUAGUAUUAAACUGAGGACCUCAUUGGCAUUCAAUGCAACAGAGCAUUGACACUAAUUCAUUAGUUUCAAAGUAAAAAAGGGACAUUAUUCUAUUAACAGAAAUUCUAGUGAUAAAAAAUAUUUUCCAGACUUUCGUAUACUAGAACUGAACUGUAAUCAGUGCUGGCGUUCUAAUUUGGUGUCCCCUUUAAGGCCCAGUGAUUCCAAAUUAUUCCAAUUUUGUGGCUCAGUGGGCAACUUGGGUUAAAAAAAAAGGUUGUUCUUACGCUACAACUCAUAUUUAGCCCUUGCUCUACAUAUGCUGGCAAGCUGGUAGGCUCAAGGAAGUGCUGCCACUUCUGAACGAAAAAAUAAAAGAAUCGCUUGCACUGUUCCCACUAUUCGCUGAGAUGCCCCUCUUCUUUUCACCGUGCAGAGGUACUGACAAUUAUUU